UGGCAACAUUGAAGAGUAAGGUAAAUAUGUGUAGCAAUCCAUCCGUCCCCAAACAAAAACAGCUCACAAAUAUCUGAUUUAUAAGAAUAUACCGUACUUCACAACCAUGUUUCUAGAAUCAUGAAGGAGGGAAUCGAUGAGAACCUCAUUGCAGAUUCUCAGCAUGAGGUAGUGGAGCGAGUCAAGGCUCGGCUUCAGGAGGAAGGAAGAGAAGCUCGUAACCUUGUGGCAUACUCCCUGCCUCUCCAAGAUCCACCACCUUCAGAGAAUGUGUUUCGUCAUCGUGAAGUGAAACGAGUAGUAGACAUGGCUCCACGAAGAGGAACAAAAUCAGAAAAGCGUCCGAGAUCAGCUUCUGCCGGCAGGGAUCCAAAGCUUUGUUUAAGAGCUCGCCAUUGGGGUUUUCUUUUUCGAAACCUUCAGCAAGCUGUCGAUGAGAUUUACCAGACAUGUGAAGAUGAUGAGAGUGUUGUCGAGUGUAAGGAGGCCAUAUUGAUACUUGAGCGUUAUACAAGUGAUUUUAAGAAGCUCAUAGAAUGGCUGAAAAUUAAAUGGGAAUAUGAACACACACCCCCUCCUCAACGUCCAAACUCUGUGUCUUGGGAGAUACGUACCUCAUCAUCCCCAGGAAAGGCUAUGAAUCAAGAUAAAAAGAUGGCCACACUGAAUGAAGUGAGAAGAGCAUUGACAUAUGAAACGAAACCAGAUAAGAUGGGAUAUACAAAUAACAAUGCUAAUGUGGAAAAGAAAGUCACAGAAAAAUUACCUAUAGUGACCUCUGGGAAUGAUGGGCCAAUUGAUGUAAAAGUUGUGACUCCUCCAAAACCUAUUAUUGUUGUUCAUCAGGCAAGCAUAGAAGAACAACAGGAAGAGAAUUUAUCAAUAUCAGACACAGAGAGCAAGUCUGAUGUCACAAGAGAAGAGGUACAGGAAAUAAAGAGUACUGUUGUAGCUCCUACAAAUGUUUGUGAGAGUAAUUGUCAAGUUGUAGAAGUUGUACCUGCUCAGGAAUUAUCACAUGAACACCUAGAAAGCAUCCAGGAAAAGGAGUGUGAGAAGGAAACUAAUACGAUUGAAGAAGAGGUGACGGUGUCAGUAGCGGAAAAAGAGUGCAGCAAAAAUUCAGCAGCUACUUCCAAUGAAUCUGGGGUGAAGACAGGGACUCCUGAAGUAAAAGGGGAUUUACCAUUUCAUGAAAACAAAGAUAUCAGCGUUAGUGAUGAUUCUAAAAUAAGUGAUGAAGAUAAAAAAGAUGAAAUUGCAAAUGAAAAAGAAAAGGAAAUGAGUAUGAAAUCUCUUGAUAGUCCAAAAUCGAAAGAAUCAAAAUCCCGAACUAAUGCCCAGGCCAUAUCUUCUAAGCCAAAAGACUGCACCAGCAGUUGUAAAGUUCCAGAGGCCUCUCAGAAAGGACAAGAUAUAAAAAACACAGAGGUGAAGGCUGAAAACACUGAUGCCAAAAGGUCUUGUGCUGAAGUUGUUCAGGGAAGAAGUUCUUCAACAAAACCUGUUCCAACUGUUAACAUGAACAAAGCAUCUCAAGUUCGUCAAGCCUACAAUCAGAAUAGAACGCCACAGAAACAUCCACGGCCUGUGAAUCCUAACAACCGACAGCCAUCACCUAGAGUAACAGAAUCCAAAGGAAUUGUUACUAAGCAGCAGGGAUCUGGUGGAAGGUUAACGUUAAGGAGGGUUGGUGAUAAUAAAUCUACCUCCAGUCCACCAUCAGUUCGCAAGACUGUUGAUGGACGCUCAAACAGUGGGGCUUCACGGCAGAUUUUCACAAGGUCUUAUACAACUUUAGCGUCACCAGGUAAAGGUUUGAUGCGUGCCAACACCACUGUAACUGACUCGCGCAUGGCAAAACAUCCUGGGAUCAACUCUUAUACAAAUAAUGCACUGAAUAGUCAAGAAAGGGCAACCUCCAGUUCAUCUCUCUCCAGUAGUACAUCAUCCAGUGGUCUGUCAUGGGCAGAUAAAGUUCGAGGUGUGCCGGUUUCCUUGCAGUCAUCACAAUUAUCUCUACAGGGCACCUUCUUUAUUUUUACCUACCUUUUGACAGAUGAUGGCGAGGGCUGGGAGGUAGUACGUAGAGGUCGCAGGAGUCAUGGUGGAAGUACUGCUUCACUUAAUAAUAGUAGCCAGUACCAGCAGCAUUCAUAUUCUAAUAGAGAUUCUCGGAGUGGUAGUCUUAAGGAUGAUGGUCACAGAGGCCGUGGGAUGAAGAACCGUUUCCACAUGCCUAGUGCAGCCAUGUCUGUGCCUUCCUUAGCUGUAAGUAACAGCAGCAAUAAAGAAGAGGUUGAUAACCAGAGUGUCAGUAGCUCAAAUGGAAACACUCAGCGUUAUUUAUUGAAUUCAGGAGGAUAUAGUGGCAAGAAAUCAAAAAGUCAAGGGUGCGUAAUGUCUGCCAAAGAUGAUAAUGUAACAAAUGAAAGGAAGAAGACAUCGUCAAACAGUACCAGAUCAGCAGCAGCUAGAAGGAUAGAGAACAGGAGGAAUAGAGCUGCAAGUAAAAGUGCAGAAGAACUCAGAAAAAAUCAUUCCACAAAGGGAGAGAAUAAGGGGAAAGAUAAUAUAGCUUGGAGUAACAAAGAAAACAAAUCUCCUACCUGUGAUAUUGUUGGGCAUAUUUGUGAUGAUAUAGAAAAUAUUGGUAUUAAGGAAGUUGCUUCACAAAAGGCAUGUGAAUCUUUACCACUCUCUGAAAAUCUUCAUGGAACAUAUUCAAACAAUAUUAAUUACUUGUGUGAUCCAUCCAUCCCCGAAACAUCAGAAACAAGUGAUAUUGAAGAUUCUGAUAAAGGCAAAGUAUCUGAUUCAAGAAAGCUCUCUAAUUAUGAGUCUGAAGAUAAGGAUGUUGAUAUUCAAGAUCGCUUCCUUUUCCAAACAGAACGUGAUAACAGAAGUUAUGAUAGCGAUAGCAUAAUGGAUGAAGAGGAAAUGUUCAACAUAGUUGCCUUGGAGUCAGCCAUUCAGGAGGAGCAGCGCCUAAAGAAACAAAUUGAAGAAACAGAAAAAGAAGAGAUUAAGGUAGAGGAUGUUGACUGUGAGGAAGAUGGCAGUGAUGUCUCAGAGGCAGUGGGAAGAGCAACUUCACCCUUGACACCUCCUUAUGAUAGUCUUCUGGCUUCUCUUAGCUGGGCAGACCAGGUUGACAUGAUGGAGUCAUUAGAAGAACUUCGCCAUCCUGGUCGUCUUUUACAUAUACAUGAGAAAUUGUCGUCUCCCUCCAGGAAGAGAUCACUCUCUGAGAAAAUGAAGCGGUAUGAGGAAAAGCUGGCUAAAGCUCAGGAACUUAGGGAAAAACUGAUGCAAGCCAAGACUGAUAAGUUAAAAGAUUUAUUCAAAAAGAUUGAGGAAGUUCGAUUAGACAAAGAGAUGCUGCUUGAUGAGAAACGACAAUUGUUUCAGAGGAAAAUGAAGAAAGCAGAAGAAAAGAGAAGACAAUACCUUCAGGAGAUAGUUAAUAAGGCUCAUGAUGAAGAGAAUAAAGCCAAAGAAAUAGCAUUCAUUAAUGGCUUAGAAGCUCAGAAUAAACUACAUGAUAUCAUGCAACAGCAUCAGAGCUUAGAAUCUCGACUAGCUGAUAUGGCUGAAGAGCGCACAAGACGUCAGGAAGAAAAAGCUGCAAAGGAAGUUGCAGCACAGGAGAGACGCAGGGCCCUGGAAGCAGAGAGACAGGCACGCAUGGCAGAGCUUUGUGAGAAACGACGUCGAAAGUGUGAGAGGAUAGAUAGGAAGCAGGCUGAAAGACGAGAAGAACUCCUGGAGCAAGCAAGAGAAAAAGCAAGGGAUCGGGAAGAGAGGCUCUCUGCUUUGCAACAGGCACAGCAAGCUAAGGAAAGUGAGCUUGUAAAGAAGAUUCAGCAGAAACAAGAGGAGUCUGCUCGGAGGCAUGAAGAAAAUAUAAAGCAAAUUCGUCAAAGGGCAUUAGAGUCUUCAAUUAUGAAAUACUCUAGAGGCUGUGAUGAUGCCCCAAAAUUAGUGAGGUAUGAAACCAAAAAGCUCUGCACUUUGUGUAAUUCGCUGAUUACCAGUGAGGUAUACUUGUUGAGUCACUUGCGUGGUCCACGCCAUCAGGAAGCACUUCGGGCACUCCAUCAGGCAGAGCACCUUUCUGUAGAAGACAGUGAAACAUACAACUUAAAGCACAUUAUCGAUGCUCCAGCUAAUAUUGAUGAUCCUCAGGUGACACGAGAUAAGGAAAGACAGAAGGCUUUGAAGAGGCGAUGUAAAAAGAUUCGAACAAGAAUGACUACACGCGGAAAGGAACAUAACAGUUCAUUCAAACAUACCCCAAUAAAGGAGUCCCCCAACAAGUCCCGAAUUAAUAAAGCUCUCCAGCAGAUAACUAAAUUAGUUGCUAACCAAGGAUCAGGACCUUGGCCUGUGCCUGACAUAGCUGCUUUGGACAAACCUUUGUUAGAGUUGUUAAGAAUACUCGAGAAAAAAGAAAGACUUGAUCAGUUGAUGUUUAGUGCACUAGAUGGCUUUGGAAAGAUAGAUUCUGUUUUGAAAGUCAUUUUAGAUUCAACUGAGCAGAGGUCCUGUGUAUUACCUGCUAAGUCUUUGGGGUACUGUGGUCGUGUCAUUCUAGGGGCCUGCUUGAAAAAUCUUGAAAACUGUGAGCAAAUAUUGUACUCAAACUUGGCAGGUACCUUAAUAGACUAUUUAAUGCAUCGUCUGAAUGAACUGGUCAUCGAGACGACUAGACUUGGUAGUGAUAGCAGCAUAAACACUAUUGUUAGCUUGCCCAGUGAUGCAGCAUCAGGAGCAAUUUUUAAAGUCUUGGCUGAAAUAAUGGAGGUUCUUCAUGAAGGACAUAUAAAACCUGGUGUUUCUUCUCCUGAUCAAGCUGUCAAGGACAAAGCAGAUGCCACAUGGAUCAGGUUGCAGGAUUUGGUAAGCUACUGUGUGAGUGUUGGUCUUGCAGACAAAAUAACGUGGUACUUCAGCUAUAUUCAAGGUCCUCUUGAUAACGAUCCAGGUGUUGUAGAAAUCACUCUCUCAGCAAUGAACAUGGUAGCUGCACUUGCCAAAGCAUUAACUUUAAGGAAUUUACCUGAUGACCCAACACAGUUGAUUGGAACUCUUCACGUAACCGAUGCUUGUGGUGUCGUAAGCUUAUUAUAUGGCAUUUUAUUGCACCAAGGUGGAAGAUCAGCAUUGCCACAAGCUCCUUCUAAACUUUCACAAACAACCCAGGCUCUUACUAUUGCUGCUACAACUUUGCUGCACAAUUUAGCAUCCCUUAAUCUUAUAAUGUUCCAGGGUGUUUUAGGUAGUGAAGGUAUAUCUCUGGAAUUGCGCCACAUUGCUUCCUACCUACUUUGGUAUUGUUCCUAUUGGCCAUGUGAGGAAAUACUCCAUAAUGUUAUUGCUCUUGUUGGUUAUUAUGCUGUAAACAAUAAGGAAAAUCAGAUGGUUAUACAGAGUGGAGAGGUCCCAAGUGUCUUACAGCAGCUGUGUAAUUUGCCUUGGCAGUACUUCAGUGAGCCCCGUCUCACUGCUGUUCUUUUCCCAACUCUUCUUGCUUGUUGUUUGGAUAACCCUGAUAACAUGGUGAUAUUGCAGCAGGAAAUGAGCUUCCAGGUCCUUGAAGACUUCCUGCACAAUGGUCAAGCUUCAGAUAAACCUCUAGUGUCCAUUCUUCAGAGAACUCAUGUUCAAGGAUAAUACAUUUGGCAGUUAAUAUAUCCUCUUCCAGCAGGCUAACUUUUAAGGUAUUGAGGAGACUAAAUAGUUUUGAAUCUCAUCAAGUUUUUGUAUUAAAGACUAUGUAUUAAUAAGUCUGUAGCAUUUGACAAGAUAUAUAUAUAUAGCAAAGAUGUGUUAAUGUUUAUCAAGGCACUUCAUCCUUGUAAUUUGUGGGGUCAUUUCUGUUGACUAUGUUAGUCAUUACUAUUGUAGCAAUAUUCAAGCUGUUACUGGAAAAGGAUUUAUUAUCCUUAUGGAAUGAGAAUUUUUCUUACUUGAACUUAUGUAAUGUAAUUUUGCAUCAUAUUGUACAGUGAUAGUAAUUACUGUUUAAGUUUGAGAUCUUAUUUGCUUUGCUGGAUAUUGUGUGAUAUGUAAAAGAUGAUGCAAAAGGUCAUUGCGGCAUAGUUGAAAAUACCUGUAGAUAAAAGUAAUCAUAAGAUUUGUCAUGAAGGCCAUUGAAGGAACCUUACAUAUAAAGGUAUUUUUAAUUUUCAUGAAGAGUCAAUUGGCUUUUGUAUCCCACUUACCAAAGUGUCUUAAGAACUUUAUAUAAGAGAAGUUAUUGAUUACACCCAAAUUUCUAGUCAUUCCAUCUGGUAAAAGUAGUGCUAAGUCAGUAAUAUCACAUGAAGGGAAAAAAAUUCAUUUAUAAAGAUUGUUAUAUCAUGUAAUAAAGUAUGUACUAUGAAAGUACCAUUCUGGACAUACAGUGGAUUGAACCUUAAUAUUUUAUGUACAGUAGCUUUUCAGCUAGUUAGAUACUUUGGCCAUCUAGCCUAUCAAUGAAUAACAAAGACCCAGUGUUGCCAAUACUUGAACAUUUUCAAGGUCUCCCUAGCUAACACUAAUGCUACAUAAUGUAUAGCCUCAGCUAAACAGUAUUUUAUACUAACUGUCCAUGUCCAAUAUAUAGGAAAAUCUAUCAUGUUUAACGAGGUAGCCUUGCAGAAUUCAUCUUAUAAUUUAACAGAUUAGUCAAGAAGCUAGUGAAAAGAGGGCUAUAUUUGAUCAAAUUAUUCUUUAGUCUUUGGCAGGGAUUUUCUACCCAUAAAUUCAGAGAAAGGUGUGUUUGACAAUUAUUGUUGUAUAAGGCUUUGAUUUGUGUGUAACAUGGACUUUUCUGGCAUUUUUAGUGAAAAUUGAGGCUUUGCGUUUGGUUUGGCACGGUUUAAUGUCCGAUUAUUAUCUUUCUAGGAAUUAUUUCUGUGAUAAAUUUAAACUUGCGAUUAUAGAAAUGAAAUUUUUCUUAGAAAAACUGUUCUUGUCAGUAGGUCUCUUGUUUCCAUUGAAGAGUUUGUAAUUUUCAGCAUUAUUAUUCUAUUUGUGCAACUGUCAUGACAAGAUCAAAGAUACAAAUUCCUAUAAAUGAUUGGGUCAUUGCUGAAUUCAGUCCACAGUAGUAAAGGUCUGACCACUCCAACUACAUCUUUUCACUGAAUGGCUGAAGUGCUUUGGUUUAUUGCAAAAUUUUCUUAUAUCAUAUUAGAGCAAUAUGCCAGCCAUCAAUCCAAACAGGAAUACUGAAGAUGUACAAGUGAUAUUAUCCUCUUAUCUUGAGAAUUUUUCACAACCAUUUAGUGGGCCACACAUGACCCAGUUCCUGUAUUUAGUCAUUACAAAAUUAAUAAUGACAAAUUUCAUGUCAAUGCGUAAAUUCAUUCACGAGGGUAUGCUGAUAAUUGGAUAUAAAUUAAGAAAUUAAGAAAUUUUUGCAGAAUCUUCAACAUUUUUUGUAUGCCAAAUUAUGAAGUUUUUACAAAGAUAUAGUAUGAAUGGUUUUAUUCUACAACACAAAAGCCAGCCUUCCAAGUUUGACCUGAGAAUCUAUGAAUAUUUAAUUAGUAGUAUGGUCUUACUGUAUUUCAUAACAAACUGAUUGAUGGUGCUCAUAAGUGUUUGCUCAUCUCACUUGUAAUUGGCAUUUUUGGCAGUUUUCCUCUUACAUAAUACUCUUACAUAAUUGUUUGUUGUGUUAUAUAAAUUUCAUAUUUUACUCUAGUAAUGAAGUAGUUUCAUACGUUAUUCUCAUUUUACUCAAGUAACAUGAAACUACCAAUUACUAUAGUAGUGAGAACACAUCUUCCAAGUAGAGGUAAUCAUUAUCCUGUGAUGCCAUCACUCUCUUGUUCAAUUAUUCAGUACCUCAGAAAGGGCUUAUAAUUUUCUUCUUUUAGUAUCACAGUGAAAUAUUUUUUAUCAAGUGAGUGGCUAUUCCCACAGACAUAACAGAUGCGCAUUAGAUUUUGUGUGGUUCGCCUUUAGAUGCACAGAUUUUGAUAACAGUGAGAUAAUAUGAGAGAUUUAAUUUUAGUGUGAUGGAUUAUUAUUAAUAGGGGUUAGUUUGUACGUUUUAGAACUGGGUGUGAAAGAAAUAUAAUCUUGAUUGACAUUGUCUUAAAGUACCUUUUUUUUUCAAUUUGAUAUGAAGCAUUCUUAAUUUCUUUUAUUUUAGUGUUCAUUGUUAAUACUGAUUGAAUUUAAGAACAUCCCAUGUCUCCUAGGGUAUAGAAAAUACAACCAUUAAUCUUCGUAACAGGGUACUACCCAUAGUAAUUUCAAGGAAUUGGCUCAUUGAGCAUAGAUAUGACAAUCUCAGUGAUUUAUCCAUGAUUCCAUGCUCUCAUUGCAGCAAUAUGUCUGUGUUUUAAGGAUCUAUAAUUCACUAAAAUCAUAAUCGUGUCAAAACUGCCACUUUUUAACCAGAAUUUUUUGGGGGGGAUUAGGAAAAAGUCACAGGAUUUAAGAUCAGGUAGAUAGUUAUAGUAUCAGUGGGAAUUCAUGUGUCAGAGUUUUAUAAGCCAUGCAUGCCCAGACAGAGUGAUGCAAGUUUUCCUUACUUUAUAAUGUCUACCAUUUAUGCAGAUCAGGAAAAUAGCUGAUCUUCUAAUACACAAAUUUUUGCAUUUAAAACUUUCACCCUGACAGCUUUUGGCACAAGCUCUAAAGCUUACCUCUUUUAUAGUUUUACUUUUUUUAAUCUGGCAAAAAUGCAUGUAGAAUUACUGGAAUUGGCGUCUUGAUGAUGAUUGGUAAAUGUAACAGUCUGAAUAGCAUCUUUAUAUGUAUUUCAAAUAAUUACUUGUUCUCAAUGAAAGCUUAUUUGAUAACCCAAAUUUUACCCUCAAAUAUAUGCUAUAUAUGUUAAUAAUGGCAUAUGAUUGAGAGACUUUGAAAAAUGUCUUUGGAAGUCCAAAAUUAAAUAGCAUGGUUGCUGAAAUCAGAGUAUUGAAGAGGGUUUUGAAUGCACACUACUGUAUUUUGUUUAGAUCGUAUAUAUAUUUUAAUGUGUUUUAAUGCAAAUUGGAACAAAUCCCUCUUUAAGUGUCAGAAGAAACAAGUUACUAUCAACAUUUUCUAAAGACUAGAUUUUACUUAACACUUGAAAUUGAUAAAAUUUUCUACAUGUGAAACAUUAUGUGUAGUUAAUUUAUACCAAACAUGAUGUUGGUUUGGAUGAGCCCCAUUCAAUUCAGUUCACCCUAUCCUUAUUAAUUGAUGAUGCCCUACUUUUAUCUCAGGUCACUGUGAUAUAUUGCUUUUUUUGUUUCCAGAUACAGUGUUACCAUUCCUCAACAAAUAUUUACAUUGUUUUCCCCAUUAUCCUCCUUUUUUCAUUUUCUGAGAUAUUGAUAAUUAUACAUGGUUUUUCGAGGCAUCUUUUUAUUUCUCAGUGCGAACAAUUCUAUCAGUUGGUGGGCAUGCAUUUUUGUGGGUAGAGCUGUCUUUUAAAUUGCAGCGCAUAUAUGCAUUUUGCUAAGUUAUGCUCAGCAUGAAAUAAAUAACAUAUCCUGAAGACUUACAGUAUAUUAGGGGCUAUGAUAGUGUUGAUAGUUACUUUUUUCUUCUAAUAUUUGGUGAGAUUUGUUUCGGUGAGAUUUGUUUCAGUUCACGCCAAAAUAUAUAGAAAAUACGUAACAAUUUUGUGCAUGCAAUAAUGUAUAUUUGAAACCCAUUUCAAGACUGAUUUUGACAGUUGUGCUAUUUUAUCAUUAGGCAUAAUGUACAUUUGAGGAAAAAUUAUGGUUAUCAUUAAGUUUUUAUUUAGAUAACUCCUAAUUAUAAUAAACACAACUAUGCUAUUUGGACAUUUUGCUCUUCUGGCAGUCAUCUACCUGUCAACCAUUUCUAAGUGCAUGCAUUUGACGCCAGGUGUAAAGUGCCAUAAUUAUGCUAUCUGGACAUGUUACAUUCUGACAGUCAUCUACCUGUACACCAGAUCAAAAACACAGUGGUGUAAAGUGGUAGCUGGCCAUAUUACAGUUAGUUUGCCUUUAGUGGCGUGGUCUGUAUGGUAUUGGCAUACCACCUCGGUGGUCGUGAGUUCGAUUAUCGGGCAUUCCAUUGAGGUGUGAGAGAUGCGUAUUUCUGGUGAGAGAAGUUCACUCUCGAUGUGGUUCGGAAGUCACGUAAAGCCGUUGGUCCCAUUGCUGAAUAACCACUGGUUCCAUGCAACAUGAAAACCAUACAAACCAAACCAAACCUUUAAAAUGAGAAUUUUUCAAACUUUUUGUGCACUCAUUUGCAUUAACAUUAUCCUCAAGCUGGUUUUUGAAAGCUUUAGGUAAUUAUAUUGCUUGAAAAUAGGUUUAGAUGUAGGUUGUUGUAAAUGUAGUCAUAUCAGUAAGAACAAAGAAUGUCAUAAAACCAAUGUUGUUCUGAGCUUAACAUAUACAGUAAUAUCAAAAUGAAAGGGGUGAAAAUUAACAUUUGCUUGUGCCUUUAACUCACUGUUUUUCUCUGUUUUAAAUGGGAUAACUCUGCUUUGUGUGAUUAACCAUGAAAGUCAACAAAGAAUGUUAAAAAAGGAAAUUAAGUAAAUAUAUAUGCAUGAGGAAUGAUAAAGUAGACUGCAAUGGUUAGAGAAGAAGCAGAAAAUACAGUUGCCUCCACUCCAGUAAUUAUUUUUGUCAACUAGUCAUGAAUGGUGACCAGCAAUGUUCAUUGAUGAAGGUAGUUGCAGUGCCUGAAAAGUAGUGCCAUUGAAUAUUAAAGGGUAAUUAGGUUUUAAGCAAUGUAUACUGGUCAUGAAUGUUUAUUUUAUUUGGCUAAAGCUCCCUUAGCCAUGCAAGUGAAUACAUUCACCUAUUGUACUCUUACAAAAUAAUACUGUCAGAAAAGAUAGUUUUACCUUACAGAUAAAGAUUAGAACAUCGGUAUAAAACAAUUCUCCAGAUGUUUCAAGUAAAAUUUAUUUUAAAAUUGGAGAGAAAAUAGCAUUUCUAAAUCUGGUGCUGCUACUCAUUUACUGCACUUUGAGGUCAUCCUCUGAAAACCAACAGUUUUACUGUGCAGUACUUUGAGGGUUUUCAGAAACAAAAUGUUUAACGGGCUAAUUUUAACCAAUUCAUUUUCUUCUUUUGAUGGGUAAAAUGAUAUUCUUGGUUUAUUAGAACUUAUAAAAAGUGAAAUGUGUUUAUUUACGUAUGAAAAAUUAGUUCUGGGCAACCCCAGGCAGGGAAAGUUGAACCAAGAUUCUUGAGAGAUAAACUGGAACAAGGUUUGAAGAGGAAAUGCUAGAGUAAUAGCAUAUAUGAAUAAAACUUCCACUGUUCUCUGUAAUUUUGCAUCAUUAGAUCUGUCAGAACUUACACAAGACUUUAACAUUCCUGUUGUUUGAACCCUCAAAACUUUGUGAGUAAUUAUGUUCCUGACAUUGUCUUAUUGAAGUAGCAUUUUUCUUUUAAUCUCUACCAAUAGAUAUUUAGCUGGAAAUGUAUCCCCACUUUACAUUAAGAAUACCUUUGUCAUUUUGCAAUUAUUUGUUACACUUUAAAUCCAUUUAUAUUUUAACUUAGUACAGGCAGUCCCCGGGUUACAGCGGUGUUGGUUAAUGGUGUUUUGACUUUACAGUGCUUGCUUCACAGCACUGUUAAUCUAUUUUUACGUUGCCGUAAGCAGUUUUGUGGCAACAUGCACCAUUUUGUGGCACCAUUUAUUCCCAUUAUUUGGGAAAAAUUUUCUACUGGGUCCACAAUAAUACAAAGUGUUGUGAGUCCGUGUAUAAUUUUUAAAACUUUACAAAAAGCUUUUGAACCCUUCCCUGGGUUCAUCUUCAGUCCAAAAAAAAAAAGUAUUUUUGUUGUGGACUGAAGGUGAACCCGGACUCACAACACUUUGAUUAUUGUGGACCCUUUAGAACAUUCCCAUUAUUAUUAUGAUGAUGUUUCAGUUUACAGCAUUUUUUGGGUUACGGUGCGUCAUCGGGAACAGAUCCCCUGCUGUAAACCGGGAACUGUACCACAUUUUCCUUCUACCCCACUGGUGUGCUUUCAGCCUUUGAUUUUUUAUCCAUUCCCAAAUUACUUGUUCAUCUUCGUUGGCUUUACUUUGCUAAAUCUUUUCAUCUCUUAUUUGAGGAUGCAUUUAUUACAUGCUUUUCCAAUGAAUUAUAAAUUGCUUCCCACUUGUCUUUUUAAAUUAUUCUAUACAAUAAUCUGCCUUCUUUCUCAACCCCUGUUUUUACAAUAAUAUUACAGUAUAGUUGAGCAUACUUACCUUUCAAUAUGCACAUACAUAUGUACCAACAAGUUUGACAAAUCGGACAUAUUUCAGAAGUCUAUUUCGUUGCACAGAUAUUGGUCAAGUUGCAUAAUUAUCAAGGUGAGAUGAAGUUUCAUUACAUUUCUCAUAGUAUACCUGUACAUCAGGUAUUUACCUGAUCAUGUAUUUAUUUUCUGUAUUAUCCUUUACACUUAAUCAUUUUUUUUUGUUUUUUCAUAUUAAUGCUUUUUUUUUAAGUUUGCUGUGAUGGUUAAUGACCUUUCAUGUUUGUUUCAUUUGAAUUUAAGCUUGUUAUGAAUAAAAAUAAUAUUAGUAAUAAUAAUAGUAAUAAUAAUAAUAAUUCAGUCCUAUGUGAGAAAAUUUGUUUACUAAUAAGAGUACGUAUAUAUAAAGCAAAGUUAGUAAGGAUUAUUUUCCAUGUAGUAUAUUUAAAGCACACUUUAUUUUGACUCAUGAUUUGGAGACUGAACAUGUUACUGGACCAAUAUGCCUUAUAGUGUGUAAUUUACCUUAGAUUUAACUUAUUACUAUUCAGAAGAUGAACCCUAUUCAUAUGGAACAAGCCCACAGGGGCAAUUUGAAAAUCAACCUUCCAAAGAAUGUGGUGUUCACCUAAAAGAAGUAACAGAAGGUGAAAAUUAACAAAUUAAUAAAUAAAUAUAUAAAAAUGUAAGUAAAUUAUAAAUCACAAAGAGAAUUGCUUUAGGGUAAUAGUAAUGCAAUGCAUCUUUGCUGGAACUUUUAAGGUUCCAAUUGCACAACAUCCUCAGGGAGACUGUUCCACAGUUCAACAGUUUGAGGAAUAUAGGACCUCUCAGGACCUCUGGGACAGAAGUUUGACUGUGCAUGUUAUGAUAAAAGAUGGUUGUUGUUUUAUAAAGAAUUUGAAUGAUAUCUUGUUAGUCACUAUUGAAGUGUAAUAAUUGUGACCACAAUGAAAUCCAAGUAUACAGUCUCACAUCUUAUGUACAGUCAGUCCACGUAUUUGUGUACAAAAUGAACAAAGAUUUUUGGAGAAUUUAGUUACAGUAGCGACUUCCCUUCUUCUAUUUUAGUAUGAGUGGAAUUUCUUUCUGCCUACAUUAUAUUAUGUUAGAUUAUAUAUAUUUUCUAAUAUGGUCAAGAACACUGUAUACAGUGCCAUACCUUAUGCUCAAGUCAUUUUUGAGCUUUAUUGCAGAUAUUUCAAAAACAAUAAAAUUUGAGCAGAUAACUAUCAUAUUUUUAACAUUUUUGAAGUACUGUUUCUUUUAAUUAUGAUGGGAAUUAUGCUGAUGUCACAUGAUUUUUAAAAUGGCUUUUUUUUUUUAUCAGGAACUACCAUAAAUAUACUAUGUACUCUCUUUUUAAGCAUGUAAUUGGAGAAAUAUGUCAGCUUUUUCUAAUGAAACAUCAUUCUUCUACAUAUGUAGCUGAUAUUGGGCAUUAAAUUGCAAGGUUCAUGACUAAUGAGUUUUAUGAUGCAUCACAUUUAGGUAAACUUGUGGCCAGUGUUAGUGUUGAACUGUUUGUUUUAUAUUAGUUUAUAUAUUAAUGGUAUAGUGUGCAAGUUUGGUAAUAAAUAGAAUUCUUGGGAAUUCCAUGCAGCUUUUGCAAUAAAUUAAAUUUUCUGAAUUGAUGUGACAUACUCAGACAUAUACAAUACCCAAGUGUUCUGUACAAUGCAUGUAUGACUUAGGCAAAGUGUAUAAUAAGCAGUUUAAUGUUUGAACAUUAAGUAAGUAACACUAUGUUAGGUCAGGUUAGCUAUCUUAGAUUAGGUCAGAAUAACAUAGGCUAGGUUGAAGAUAAGGCAACCUAAAUUUUUGCUUUAACUCUAUUUUGCCCUGUUUCCUACAUUACCAUAUUGGGUUAACUGCUUAUAGGAAAAAGCUUGACCAGACCACCAAAUCGAGAGCCUGAGCUCUCAUACUGGCAGAUAUUGGGAAUGUGCUGAUUGUCAUAAGUAACAUAUAUUAAGAAUUUAUGGGCAUUAUUUAUAAUAUAUGUAUUAAUUUUACACAAUGCCAAUAACAUAUAGACUGAAACAUCAAAGUACGAGGAAGUAUUUAUUUACUUCUUUCAUGCUUCUUGGAACAUUGCUGGUACCCUGUAAAACUUUUCAUAUUGUAAUAGUAUUUAUUUCUGGGGUUAUAUCAACUUCCUUCCAUAAUCUUUAGAGCAAUUGACUGAACUUCCAAGCCAGGUAGCGUUUGAAUACCAAAGUAACAUAGUUCUAUUGCCAAAGUUUUUUUUUGCAUUUAUUUUUUGUUAGGGUAGAACUUUUAGCAUAUGUUAGAACAAAAUUGAAAGAUAGCAGUUUAAGUGGGUAGUUUUCAUGUUUGAUAUUUAGAUGUUUCCGCACAGGAAAAAGUUUUGUGGCUAUUAUAAUUUUUUUUUUUCAUGCAGUUUUUUUAUUUCUAUAGAUUUUCUUCAUCUGUGUCUGGGUACAAAUGGCAGCUCUAGUUUUAGAGGGUUGCAUCUUCUUGAUGUGCCUCUCUUUCUUAUUUUUAUUUAUACAAUGUUGAUGAGGGGUAAUAAUGAAAGUAGCAUAUCUUUGCAGCUGAGAUAUUGAAGUUUUAUGAUUUUUUAAAAAUAAUUUGGCUGUAAGAUGAAAGCUAAUACAUUAUAUAGGGUAACCUUUUAUUUGUAUUACCUUGAAAAAUCUUCAAAAUUUUGCUAUAGAACUCUGCUCUCUUGUGUACGUCUUGUAAAUUUUAUGUUGGUAGGCUGUUGUCUUAUUUCCUCUACAACAUAUGUUUACGAUGUACUGUAUUUUAUGAAGGGUUUAGUUGCAGUAAAGUACUGGUUAAUAUGAACUAGUGUGUGUGUAUGUGUGAUAGAUAUUACUUUCAUAUUUAUGUGUAGCUUUAAAAACAUUUGAAUUGUCAAGAAAUCUUUGCUAAUAGAGGUUACAUAUUUUUAUUUAUGUAAAUUUCUCAUUAAGUGAGAAAUUUCUCAUUUAAAAAAAAAUAAGAUAUUGUAAUUUUGUGAGAGCUAGUUGUUUGUCUAUACAUUGUGUAUAGUACUCCAUGAUUGUAUAGAACCAUGUUUGAUCCAUACCCCCCCAAAAUGUUGCCUUUUAUUAUGCCCAUUACAAUUAUCAUUUCCUACAGUUUUAUGUGAAUCAUCUCUAGUAGGAUCGUUUUAAGGGUACUUUCAUGUUUUCCAGCAUGAUUUUGUAUGAAAAUGAAAUUACGGCAUAGUAAUGUAAAACACUGCUCCCUGCUGAGAUGCUUUUACUAUGCUUGAAGCUUGUGUUAAUGACAUCAUUUCAUUUAUAUGUAUUUUAAAAUUAACUGAAAAUGAAGUGUUUUCACUGAAAAAUUUAUGUAAAGUAAUUACAUAGCAGUGAAAGUGCACAGAUGAGAACGAAAAAUAUACUAUAGAGAUUCUGAUUCCCAGAGGCUGCUUAUGAAGAAUGCUUACAGCAUCUUAACAUUCAUUAUGGCACUAGAGCUUAUACAUAGGUUCAGUGAAUUAAAUGGAACAGACUUAUUGAUAUCUGUUGGCAUCAGUGAAAUUUUAAUUGGGAAACACUGGAGUAAAAUUAUUUAUUAAAUCUUCAGGAAUAACGUCAGCAUUGUAUGGGGGUUACAUAGAUGUAAAGGAUUGUGUGGUGCUUGGAAAAUAUUCUUUUACAUUUUGUAAAUGUAGAAACCUGUGGAAAUGCUGAAUGGAGUUGUCUACUUGUAUUCAUUCACUAGAAUGACAUUACUGCUUAUUUUUACUAUUUUUCAGUCUUGGUAUGUAUUAAAAAAAAAUAGAAAGCUUGUUCAUCAGUUUUCUUCAGAAUAGAUUGCUCCUAGAUAAAAAACGCCAUGGAAAGAUUGGUAAAAUAUGUAAAAGAGGAUGACUAAAAAUAAGCAUGUAGGUGAGAUUGUGAGUAAAAAAAGUUUAUGAAAGUUGUUAGAAAUUUCCGUUUGCAUUUUAUGCCUUAAGUUAUUUAUAAAUUCAAUUUUGAAUGCACUGAUUAAUUAAUAUAUGUACUUCAGAUAAAUCAGUUUUGAUUUGGUCUCAGCCUUUAUCCCUUUCUUUACUUUCCUCUUGGUGUCCUGCUAUUUAUCCUCUUAAUUUGGAAAAACUUUUAUCAAAACACUAUGAUGUUAGGAAAUGGCUUACAUAUCUCAAAAAGAAUGAAAUACAUUUUUAUGUGGAAAUGUUGAUUUAAAUUACAAUUCAUUAGACUAGAUCUGUGAUGUAGAUAUUAAACAUAGAAAGUGUCUGUUGAAGUGUUUAUGACAGUGUUAUGACAGAUAUCAAUAAUAGCAACAAAAAUGUAAUAGCUUUCAUUUGGUUACAUGGUACAUAGAGUAAUGAUGGUAUUGUGUUUCAUAACUAUUCAUUUAAUUACUAGAGUAUCUAAUGAUGAAUAGUAAUGAUUUCGUAAGAGACUGAAGUGUUAUUAGUGAGACUAAAGAUAACCCUAGUAGUCUUGAAAAUUAUAAGGGAAUAUGGCUUUACUUUGUUAGUGGCCUUCAUUUUCUUUACCUUGAUGUUUUCAUAAAAAUGUUUUCACCUGUAUUUUAUUAAGUGUAAUUAUUUCCACUAUACUUUUAUUGUUUGUAUACUAAUUUUUUAAACAAAAAAGCUGUGCUUUUAUAUACAAAUAGUGGUACAGGUAUAUAGGUUUAGGUUUUUGUAGCAACAAUUUGGUUUACAUUUUGCUGUGACUGUUGGAGCUAAAUUGGUAUUUGAUUAGGGUUCAUUUCAGUCACAUAGUCCGGAAAGUCCUGAUAACUUACAGAUAACUUUCAAGAGGAAUACAGUAUGUAUAUCCCUACACUGUCCUCUCAGUUUGUUGCAUUCUUGGUUUUCCCAGUUCAUAAUUGAAGAAUGUAAAAUCUGAGAUGUCUUUCCAGUUCUGUUGAGUUUUACUGAGCAUACAUAACAUCAGGAUAUUCAUCCAGUUUUGAAAUGACAGAAAAAGAAUCUAUGCUGUAGGAGUUUGUGGGAUUGGAGGUUGUGUAAUGCUUCGAAAAUUAUAAUUUUGAAGUUCCAAGCAAGAUGCCGGUGCACAUUUUCUGUUAGAUACUUGGGUUCCCAUUUUUCAUACUGUGAAACAUAUCUGGUCUAUUAAUAGAUAUAGCUAGGUUAAAUGAAUUGCACGAUUUUGCACUUUAUAAAUAUAAAUGAAGUUAGGACUCAUUCAUUAUUGUUGAGGAGUGUUUUUUUUUUUUUUUUUUUUUUUUUUUUUUUUUUUUUUGUGGUGUUGGGUUUUGUGGGGUGUUGAGAGUGCUUUAGUGAGUUUGUAGAGCAAUUUGCAGAAUACACAUCUUGUGUACUUUUUGCUAUUUCUGAGUAAUUACAUUAGUAAAAGGGGUUUUCAAUAUGUAUGUAUAAUUUUGUAGUUUUCUUAUAGUAUAAAAUGUUUUGUCUGUGUAGUAAAUCAGCAUUUUGAAUGAUUUUAUGUUAGAAUUUAAGCUAGUCCAUGCACCAAACUUGUGGAUACCUGACAAUCAUUUAACCAAAAACCAUGAAACUUGUAGGUCAGCCAACGGUCCAAGAUGGAUCUGGUGGGAUUUUGCUUGAACAAAAACAAUAAAAAUAAUAGUAAUAAUAAUAAUGAUAAUGUGUUUGAAUGCAUGCACUGACAAUUUGUGUUUUUUCAGGAUUAGUUUUAUCAAGCUAAUGAAAAUUUAUUUUCCUUCCUUUGUAGGAUAUUGAACACUUGUGAGAUUUUUUUAAUAACCCCUCAUGAUUAAAUACCUAUACGUACUUGCAACAGUUCCGGAGACGUGGUUGGGUAGUAAUGGUCAGAAAUUUUGCCAUAUUUCUUAGAUUUUUAGCAAAAUUUAGAUUUUUAAUGAAAUCUAGCAAAAGAAUAUAAUUUGAAUAUUUAUGAAAAAAUAACUACAAUUUAAGAAAUUUCCACUUGAGUAGGCUUUGCUAACAUGUGCAUUUAUCAUAGCUGUAAUAAGAAGUUUAGCAAUGCUUAAAUAUCUUUGUCCCACCAGAGCAAACUUUGAAUGUUGACUGGUUUUUAGGUCAUUGUAAAUUAAAGACAACAAUCAUCCCUUUCAAAUAUGCUGUACUCAACAAUCUGUUUUAAAAUGUUUAUCGGGCAUGUGUCUUGUCAUUAGGACCCUUCUUCAUUUUUUAGUAAUUUGAUGCAGAAAUCCAGAUUUUCAGAUAAUUGUGCAAGGUGUAAUGUGUAGGAAUAUAUUAAUAGUUGCUUCAGGAGUGAAUAUUUUUUUUUAUUUAAUAGGUAUGAUACAUAAGCUAUAUUUUAUAUAAUCCUUGUUUGUUUUUAAUAUAACUUUUGCUUCUGUUUUAGAAUGUUGUGUUCACUACAAUUUAGGUAAUCACCAUCAGCAGAUUACAGCAUUGUAAAAUAAACUACUAAAUAUGGGCCCAGAUAUAGAAUCAUAAAAGGAUGAAUACUAAUACAUACCUGGAGUGGUUAGCUUUGGUAUUUUCUUGUCUUAUGCAGAAUUUGUAUUUAGUCUUUGUUUGUGAAUACUCCCUUGAAAUAAAUAGCUUUAUCAAACAAGUCAUAGAUUUAGUUUUCACAUCUGGUGUAUAUACUGUACAUUGAUUGUUUUUGUAAUUUUUUUUAUCAUAACUGUUAUAUACAGGUUUUUUUAGGUUUUAUUUCAUAGAAUAUGCUGUUAUAUUACCAUAUCAUUGCAUAGUAUGAACUUCUUCUCAUGAAAUAUAUAUAUAUUCAUAUAUAUAAGAAAAAAGUGUGAAUGUGUUAGAAGCUAGUUAUGAAAGGAAUUAAAGGAAUGGGGAACUUUAUGCAAAUACAGUAUAUCAUCUGAUUAUUAAACUCCUUACUACUGUGCACUAGGUUACAAAAAUUCUCGAUAAUUAAAUUACUGUAAUGUCUUUCUUUCUUCUUGUAGGAAAUGCAUCUUUUGAAGAAAGAAACAUAAUUUUUUAAAAUAUAAGAGGGAUAUUGCAAAAGUUUCAAGCAUUCCAUGGUUUAUUACUUUCAUGUAUUUAAAAUAUUUGCAUUCAAAUUAAUUUUUUUCAAAAUAACAAUUUCAUAAAGCAUAAUAGCUCUUGUGAAGCCUAUUUGAGAAUAUGCUAAACUGUUUGUCAGAUCAUAUUACUAUAAAGGAAAACUUUGCAAAAAAAAAAAAAAAAAAAAAAAAACCUACUACAAUAUGGAAGUCAUGUUACAGAAGCUUCUAUAAUAUUAAAGAAAUUAAAGAAUUUAUUCCUGAGAUCCAGUAUUCCUAAAGGAGACAUCAUAGAAUGUUCUUUGGGUUUAGGUUUUUCACAAAAAUAAAUGUAAACAUAAUUUGGUAAGGCUAGCAUAUAGUAUGAGUUGUUAUUCAUGCAUUCCAUUGUUAAGAUUUCUUACUUGUGCUUUAAUCAAAUGUGAAAAGUUCAUUAUUUUUAGCCUUUUGUUGUUUACUGUUAUGAAGUGGAACUUUUAUUUCUUAAUACAUGCCAUAGAUUUCUUACUCUUAUUUAAAUUCUACUUUAUUUUGAGAAAAUACUAAGGGAAGAAUGGUUGUCAUCACUUUGUUUGUCGAAGUCCUCACAUUUUGCAGCGGCAGAGUUGUUGAAUAGUAUAAUAGUUACUAAAUUCUUGAUAUUUUUAAGAGAACUAUGCUGUAUUUUUACUUCAGUAUCUUUAUAGGGAUACGAGUACAGUUGCUUUUCUAUAGUUUGAGACUAUGAGUUAUGUUCUUGAAGUUUGACUUCCAUAAAGUAAAUGUAAUUUUUCUUAUAUUUAAAGUCGUUAUUAAUAGCCACUCAAAAAUGACAAAAUAAAAAUAAUGAACGGUAAUAGCUGAUGCAGAAGUUGAUAUCAAAAGAUCUUAGAAGUGCUGAUAGCUUUUUAUUUGUUGCUGUGAAUGCUAUUUUCUGUGAAUGUAUAAGGUUAAGACUUGAAGGUUAACUAAUGAUUAAUACCUAAAUUGGUCAUAUUACCAGCUCUCUACUGUUUUAUUUUGUAUUAGGCAACUUGGAGACCUAUUGAAUAGUUGGAUAGAUUAUACUGUUGUCAUGCAUUGUUUAUGAUGUUGAAUUUAACAUUGCUUUGUACCUUAUAAAGCAAUUUAGAAUGCUUGGUGAUAUACUGUAUGUUUCUAGAUUCAUGUUUUAGCUAAGUCUGAUGCUUUAUCUUGUUGCUGAUGUUAAUUUUUUCUAGUUUUGAAGUAAUGGGAUCUCAAGACUAUUGUGUAUGUAACUUCCAUAGAUCAAAUUCAUUGGGGGAAAGAAUGAACUAUGUAUUUACAUAAUUGAAAAUUACAAAAUGAUGAAAUUGAUUUUGAAAAUAUUUCUUAGUUUGUUACUGUUUUCUCUUUCAUGUCCUCAGUAAUUCAUGAAUGUUUGUUAACCAGCCAAUUCCUACACAAGUUUUGCUUUUUUUGAGAUGUACAAGCAUUCUUAAGCGACACUGAAAAAAAUAUAAAGUUUAUUUUAAAGAAAGAUAUGAUGAGUGGGGUCCAGUUGUAUUUGUAUACAUUCUCUCUUUAUUAUUAAGGUGUAUGGAUUCGUUAAUUCUUGAAUACCUGUGCUCUGUUGCCUAAACACUGAAUUUUAUUUUAUAUCAUGAUUUUUAGUGGAAUGAUUAUUGACAUAAACUAUUGCUUUUGUCAAAGUAAGAGCCAUUGCCAUAAUUGUGGGAAGCAUUUCACAAGAUAAAAUUUAUUAAUAAUUCACCUUAAUAGAUUUCUUUCUUUUAUGAUGCAUGAAACAAAACUUAAAUCAGACACAUAAACAAUAGUCUUGUUGGUAACAUUUCUUCCUUUUUUUAUUUUUUGUUGCUGAAAACUAUAUAAAAUUUUCAGGCCAUAAACUAUAGGUAUGAAUUAUAUUUGUUACUGUAAGGACAUUCUUUGAAGAUGUAUGUUGAAGUAUCAUUUUACCUUCUGUAUUGAAGUGACCUUAAAAUGAUUGCUUUUGUAAAAGUUUCCUGUAUGUUACAAAAUGUUUAGUCUUAUUUCUCAGUAGAAUUUAUCUUAACAUACAGUCUUUUGUAUUUCUUGUAAUAAAAGUUUACAGAAUACUAACUUUGUGAUAGGCAGUUGAGACUUACAUGGUUUAAUCAGG